AUUUCUUUUUUCUUUCUUUUUUUUUCUUUAUUCUAAUUACAUUAAUAUGUUAGGACCAUCACCUGUACGGAAGACACCUGAACAACAGAAACAGCCCGAGAAUAAGGUCAAUAAACUUAUUCAAUCUAUCAAACAUGAUAUGGACGAUGAUGAGCUUAUAAAGCAUUUCAAGGUCAUUGUGGAAAAUAUAAGAAGGAAAAACAAGUCACCAAGGAACGAUACAAAACGUUUAGAUCCUACUUUUUCAAGUUCUCCUACUGGUGCCAAAUGGACUUUGGAUGCCCUUGCUGAAAACAUUAAAGCUGCUUUACAUAUUAAUUCCAUUAAUACGGGUGCUAUUAAAGAUGUUUUAUCUUUACCAUUCAAGGAUCAAUUGACUUUAUUAACUGCUAUUACUGAAAGAUUGCUUAGUAAAAACGCGCCUGUAAAUGAUCGUAAUAAUACUUUUGAAUCUGUUAUGAAUAUUUUGGGUAAUUUGGGACCAGAAUAUAGUGAACUUAUUUAUGUCGUGACAAAGCCUUUAGUUACUACAUUCUAUGAUGAUUUGAAAAAACCAUUUACAAACUAUGUUGGGAACCAAUUUCGUACCGCUGAUGGUAGUCAUAAUGCAAUCAUGUUUCCUGAUAUUGGAAAAGCGCGAACAUAUUAUACUCGAACAGUAACCAAUACUUUGAAAAACAAUGUCAAUUUACCUUCUCCAAAGGAAGUAUUUGAUAAAUUACUUAAAAGACCUGAUGGCCAAUUUAUGAAGCAUAAAGGUGGAAUCAAUAUGAUGUUGUUAUAUUUGGCCAUUAUUAUUACACAUGAUUUAUUUUAUACUGAUUCUAAUAAUCCAAUGCUUAAUUUAACAACCAGUUAUUUGGAUCUCUCGUCUCUGUAUGGCUAUAGUAGAGCGGAUCAAGAAUCUAUUCGUCAAAUGAACCAAGGCUUAUUAAAACCUGACCAAUGGUUUGAUAAACGUCUCGUCAUUCAACCUGCAGGGGUCGCUGCUUUAAUGGUUGUAUUCUCUCGCAAUCAUAAUUACAUUGCCAAGAAAUUAUUAGAAAUAAAUGAGAAUAAAAGGUUUUCUUAUGGACCUGGUCAAUUGUUGAAAACAAAGGAAGAACAAGAUGAAGUCCUUUUUCAGACAGCUCGUUUAAUUAAUAAUGGGUGCUACUUGAAUAUUAUUAUUCAUGAUUACAUUCGUACCAUCAUUGGUACAACUCCGGAUUCUGAUUUUCUUUUUGAUCCAUUUAUUACGCCUAGUGAUCCUAUCUAUGGUAACGCUGUUUCAAUUGAAUUUAAUACAAUCUAUCGAUGGCACGCUGCAAUUGGUGAGAAGGAUGCAGAAUGGUUAUCUCAAGUCAUGACCAUCUUGACAGGUGAAAUGACGAAAAAUAAAACACAAGAGAGUCAGCAUCCUGGUUUAGCUCGUUACUUGAUAAAUAAAGGUGUACAAGAAGAUUCCAUUUUUAAUCAACUUAUGAAUGAUUUUAAUAAACAUUUCAUUCAUGCUUCACAAGAAGAAUUGACGAGAGGUAUCCCUAUUGCUGGUACUCAUCGUAAAGAAGAUGGUAGCUUUCCAGAUGCUGAUAUUAUUCAUGCUUUAAGAACAGGUUAUGAACAAUCAGCCUCAGAAAUAGGAAAUGGUCGAAAUACACCUGCUGCUUUGGAACAUAUAGAGAUUGCAGGCAUUAAUCAAGCACGUGUUUUGAAUACAUGUUCCUUUAAUGAUUUCAGAAGAUUUUUAAAUUUAACAGCAUUAGAAACAUUUGAAGAUUUUUCAGAGAAUGUUGAAGUACAAGAAGCAUUAAAAGAAUUGUAUGGUACGCCUGAUCAAGUAGAGUUGUAUGCAGGAUUAAUGGUAGAACGCAAUAAGCCAACUGGACUUCGUUUGCCUUACACAAUGGGCAGAGCUAUUUUGAGUGAUGCAAUUAAUCUUUUACGAAAUGAUCGAAUUUUAUCAAAAGAAUUAAUUCCAGCUAAUUUAACUAAUUGGGGAUAUGAAUACAUUCAGGGAGAUCCUGAAUCAAAUAAUCGAAUCUUUCCUACGCUUUUAACUCUCUUGUUUCCUGAUACAAAUCCUAAUAAUGGUGGAUUUACAUCUGAAGAACUUAGAACAUUGUUUAAUGUACCUAACGAGUCAACUUGAAAUAUUUUUACCCGCUCUUUUAAUGUAUGACAUCUUAUUACAUUUUGAAACCAUGAUAGUUUUAUCCAUUUAAGGAACCAAAAAAAAAAAAUAGCUCAAAAAAAAAAUAAUUUUUAUUAUAUAUAGUAAAUAAAUUUGCUAAAGUUUAAAUAUAA